UUUAAUUGAAGCAAUCAGUUGAGGGGGUCCUUCACGUGAAAUGUCGCAUUCAUUGGAUGUUUAUUGUACAAGGUUCAUCAGCAUCUAGAGUAGAUUGCCUAGACAUACUCGACCAUUACCUUUACAUGUAAACAUCAUUUCCGGAAUAUAUACGUCAUGGAAUCAAUUGUUUGCGACAGUUACCGGAUUUUGACAACGGAAGUAGCACAAGGAUUAUCUACAGAUGAUAUCACGAUCGUUAAAUUUUUAAUAAGAGAUGAUGUUGGAAAGGGUGUUCUGGAAAAAAUUGUUUCAGGAACAGAUCUUCUACAACUAUUGGAAGAAAGAUGUAUGUUGUCAGCUGAAAACGUUGAACAACUGGCUAAAUAUUUGCAGAUUGCAGGACGAAACGAUCUCGAUAAAAAGGUUCAGCUAUAUGCAAAAUCUGCCAUUUCAAGAAAUCUGUCAAAUCAUGACUACUACGGGCUGUGUGGAAUGCAUGUAACUGAGCAUUAUAUAGAAACAACAGAAUACCAAUUAUUAUGUCAACAUAUGUCAAGAAACAAUGCAGUUAUUUUGAAAGGUCCACCUGGAACAUGGAAGUCGCAGCAUGCAUUCAACUAUGCACACAGUUGUUCAAAAAGGAUAAAGAAUGCCCAUAAUUCAUUGAUUUGGCGGAUAGAUUGCAAUACUGAAUUAAAUAUUUAUAAUUCUCUUUCUCAUUUAAUGAACUACCUAAAGAUACAAUACAUUAACUCAGAUUUGCGCAUUAAACAGUCAAUUCACAUCAUGUUAUUGCGCGCUAUAGAGGUUUUGGAAAGCGACGAUUACCAGGACACAAAGCACAUUUUUAUUCUGCUUGGUUUAAUAUCCCCUCAGAAAAAUCUAAUGAAUGAGUUCUUGAGGCAAUUGAAACAGAAUGAUAACAUAUUUGUUAUUGUAACUACAAGUGAGUCGUUAUCACCCGAUUUCGAUAAUAUGGUAAUCGAAUUGCACGGAAUGACAGAAAUGGAGGCUGUAAAAUAUCUAAACGUUGAUGAUUCAUUGGAUGAGAAGGCAAAAGAACUGGCAAAGAGAUUGGGCUAUUUGCCAGAUGGCCUUGCUUUUGCAAGAACUCAUAUCCACACAACAGGUAUAAGCAUAGACAGUUAUUUUGAAAGAUUACGUGAAAACAGAACCAGCAUUAGUGAUUCUGCAUCUAAAAAAGCUUGUCAAAUGCUUAUUUCGCAAGCAGAAAAGAAUAUGUCAACCGAAGAAAAAACUAUGUUUCACCUCAUGCCAUAUCUGAACACAGAUAAUAUACCUAUCCUAAUUUUUGAAAGUCUUUUGCCCAACAUAUUAAACAAAGACAAAAAGACAUUAAUAAUGGACAGCUUCCUCCGAACCUUAGAAAAAUACUCCCUGGUUGUUAUCAAAGGUACAAAUGAGCAACGAAUAGUAACUGCUCAUGGAUUUAUUUUCAUGAUAUUGGAAGCCUCUAAGUCCUCCGACAAACGAAAUUCUCAUCUCAAGAAACUUCUGAACUUUUUUAUGUGUCAUAUUGAUCUAGAUGCAAGAUUGUUGGAAGUUAUUCAUAGAAACGUUCUCUUAUUAGAACAUGCAGAGGCCUUCUUAUUACAUUUUGACGACAAGUUUAAGUCUUUGUUUAACGAAACAAAAGCAAAACUUUGCUAUAUAUAUUGUGCAGUAGGAAUCACUUAUAGACUGUAUGGAAAUACUGAGUUAUCUGCUUAUACUUAUCUAGAAAAGGCAAAACGUACAAUGUAUGAAGCAUUCUUAAGUGGUCAGCAACAUCAGCUAUCCAAAAUCAAGGAUGCCGAUCCUUAUACCACUAUGAAUGAUUAUCUAAAUGGAAGCGGGAUACUUCAAGAGCACUGUAAAUUCAUCUUCAACAUUUUGAUUGAAAAAGGAAAAAAGCUCCCUCGAGAAUUCGUAGACACUUUCAUCGAAAACAAAUAUAGAAAUGCAAGAAUCAUAGAUCUUUUAAGAAAUUAUGGCCAUUUUUCUACCAACGAUUUGCGCAACAACAAAUUAACGACAAAGAUAGUAAGCACACUAAGAAGUAAGAACUUGAUCAUGGAGAGUAAAUAUACAUCAGAAACAUUUCUAGUCGAACUGAUGAUAAGGAUUCUUUACAAUUCUAGUAAGAACAAAUGGCUUAUGGAAAUUUCAAAAGACAGCUUCUCAAAACCGGAAACAGGCUAUGUGCGUCAUAGACUUUCCAGCACUUUCUUCCCUGUUACUUCAGAAAGCUUAAUGGAACAUCAGCUAGCACACGGUCUUACAAAGUUAUUGCAGCAUCAUUUGAGCUCUUUACCGAUGCAGCACAAUAAAACGACACCCACAAAAAAUGUCGUGAGAUCCUUUUGUCCUGUGUUCAGUCCAGUAACACAUCGCAGUGGUGUAUUAUACAUGUUGAGAUCAUUUUCAGACCCUACUCUAUUAUCAUCUUUACUUAAAGAAUCUAUAGAUUUAUUGGCCAGCCUUGAUUAUAAUAUUGACGGAAUAGGUUUCACUGAGUUUGGUGUCGUAAAACGCAUUGGUGAUUCAAGUCUUUUUCAUUCCGUAAUGAUAGAAAGAAUUAAAAUGGAAUGUUAUGAAAAACGAUAUAAAAUAGAAUGUCUAAAUGUAGACACAUCUUUAAAGGAAGAUACAAAGAAGAGAAUAAUCGUCGAAGAGACUAGCACAUUAACAGAAGAAAGUAUUGAACAAAGUAAAAGCUUGUGCGAAACUGAUUUAUCAAACAUAAAAGGGUCAAUAAAAGGUGAAAAUUUAAAGAAGCAAAAUAGAUCAGACAAUGAAAUUGCUCUUCAAAAUCCAAACUUAAAGAAAGCAUUGUCAAUUGCAGAGGAGCUAGAAAAGAACAUUGACGACCUGACAUCGUGGAAAGCUUUAUCAGGAAUCCAUUUGAAAAUUGCUAAAGUGUUUAAACUAACAAAAACAGAGGAGAACAUUCGGAAAGCGAAACACCAUUAUAGAAAGGCCUACGACCGAGAAUAUGAAAGCAAUAACACAAGAAUUACCCGUUUUCAUUUAAAGGCAAUCAUUCAUUUUGCUGAAUGUUGUAUUCAGUUUCCGAAUGAGAAAGACUUGCAUAAGGCGAAGGAACUGUCGGAGGAAAUGCAGCAUCGAUUUCGAUUGGUAGAAACUGGUACUCUUUUUGACGAGGUGAUAGAAGAUAUUGAUAGCUGUUUGAAGAAACUCUCUGAGAAAAGGCAAUCAGAUGAUACCUCUACAACAAAAGAAAAACCAGAAUUUGAUACCAAAUCAAUCAAUGAUGAUGAUAAGAAAUGGUUGUUGAAAGAAUUAAAACGAAAAAGAGAACGGCUCAAAAAUUAUCAGAGUACACUUCGUGAGGAUUACAACCAAUUGAAAGCCGACAUAGAGAGGCUUGAUUUGGAAAUAGAAUUUGUGGAAAAGAAGAUAGCUGACAUCGAAAUUCAAUAACGGAAGUUCGGGGUAAAGAAAUCGAACUGCAAAUUUUGAUAUAUUUGACAUCUUUUUUCUUCUUUUGCAUGUGUUUUGUCUUAAUGUUUUGUAAAUGCAAGAUAUGACGGUACAGAAAACAAGAACUGUCGACAAAAAUAUAGAAGAACGCAUUUCAAGAAAAAUACAGGAAACCCUUGAGUUGGGUUGCAAAUGACCAACUUAGCUCCUUUAUGACAGCCCUCAAAUCCAAAUUGGUUAGAAAUCUUUUUCAAUCUAACUAUCAAUAGAAAAAUGUUUUAUUUUGCAUAAUAAAUCAAGACAAAAAAUAUUUUAGUUUGGUAAUUGUUAUCAUAUAUUUACUAUUUAUAGUUAAUAUGGUAAAAAAAGCAUGGAAUGAAAUUUUAAAUUUAGAUGAGAAUUAAUGGUAUAUGGAAAGUAAUUUUCGAAUUGUCUUUUACAGUCACAACAAAUACCAAAUACAGUGGUUACAAUAUAGAAUAAACCAGCAUAUUUUAAGUACGAACACAUUUUGAAUAAAAUGAAUGUUAUUGACAAUCCGAACAGUACUUUAUAAAAAACUUUCUGUUCAUGGAUUGAUACAAAAUUAUUUAAGGAAUGCUGUUCAUUUGAUUUAUCUGCAAAUAAAACAAUCUAUUUUUCAA